AUGGCAAUAGAAGAUCAAGAGAACACAAUCCGCGAAUUCAAGCCUAAGAACAGAAGAAUCAUGGGAGCUGGUGGACCAGAGGAGGAAGAUAACAGGUGGCCACCAUGGCUGAAACCUCUGCUUAAAGAGCAUUUCUUUGGUCAUUGCAAGUUUCAUGUAGACUCUCAUAAGAGUGAAUGCAAUAUGUAUUGCUUAGACUGUACCAACGGCCCUCUUUGCUCUCUUUGUCUUGCUCAUCACAAGGAUCAUCGCACCAUUCAGAUAAGGAGAUCAUCUUAUCAUGAUGUUAUAAGGGUGAAUGAGAUACAAAAGUAUCUUGAUAUCUCUGGGAUCCAAACUUAUGUGAUCAAUAGUGCUAAAGUCGUCUUCUUGAACGAGAGGCCUCAGCCUAGGCCAGGGAAAGGCGUCACCAAUACCUGCAAGGUUUGCUAUCGUAGCCUCGUUGAUGAUAGCUUCCGCUUCUGCUCUCUUGGCUGCAAGAUUGCUGGAUCAUCUAGAGGGUUUGAAAAGGGAAGGAAGAACCUUUUGAUGGAGACAGAGGAUUCAGGGAGUUUCAGCCCAUCAACGCCUCCACUUACUGCAUCUAGUAGUUGCAGAAUUGCCAAGCGAAGAAAGGGAAUCCCUCACCGAUCUCCAAUGGGAUAA